AUGUCGUCAGACUACACAUAUGAUGAGCAGGGUCAAUUCUUCCCCUUCUUCAUCUUGACUUUGAGCGGUCUAGUCACUCUCCCUCUUACCUACAAUCUCCUCCGACCAAGCAAAGAGCUUGAAACAACUGCUCCUCGCAUCAAAACAGAUUUUAAGCCUCAACAUGCCGACAUCGUCGAGGCGCAGAAGCGCAAACGCCUGCGCAAGGAGCGCCGCAUAAAGCGCAUUGUGACCGUGAUUAUUGGAUAUGCUGUCAUGGCAUGGAUGGUUUAUUUGAUCAUCAUCACGGCUAGAACCACCCCCAAGCUCUAUGAUCCAUAUAAUAUCUUAGGUGUCUCGCGGAGCGCCGAUGAAAAAGCCAUUUCACGUCACUACAAGCGUCUCUCCCUUAUCUACCACCCCGACAAAAUUCGCCCGGAUCCCUCCAAGAAUGAAACCAUGGAGAUUCUGAAUGACCGCUUUGUGGAGCUCACGAAGGCAUACAAAGCCUUGACUGACGAGGAAAUUCGCAACAACUACCUCCAAUUUGGUCACCCGGACGGCAAGCAGAGCUACAGCAUUGGUAUCGCGCUUCCCAAACUCAUCAUCAUGGAAGGUAACGGCAAAUUUGUGCUGUUAGUUUACGGAGCUUUGCUGGGUGUUCUUCUACCCUACAUCGUCGGCAAGUGGUGGUAUGGUUCGCAGCGAUACACGAAGGAGCGUGUUCUUGUGGCUAGCGCAGGGAAUAUCUUCCGCGAGUACAAGGACGACAUCACGGACAAUGGCAUUAUCGCCGCUCUGUCAUCGGGAGAGGAGUUCAAUGAUAUGCUCAAGGGUGCUCGGGCCGACGCUGGACUUGCGAAGCUGGAGACCAAGGUAUUGGCGGCAGAAAACUCAUUUUUAACCGCAAAGGAUCGCGACACACUGAAGCAGAUUGACAAUUCGGCUCGCCGAAAGGCUCUGGCCUUACUGUGGGCUUACUUGGGCCGAAUUGAAUUGAAUGAUGCUUCUCUUGAGGCUGAAAAAUACGAGUCAUCUACCGUCGCUCUGUCUCUGACGGAGGCAUUUACCGCCAUUUCUCUGGCAUUUGGUAACUUGCGACCGAUUCUUGGUGCCUUCAUGGCUUCGCAGAACCUUAUUCAGGCUGUUCCUCCAAACUCUUCGCCACUCUUGCAACUUCCCAACUUCACCGAGAAAAUCGCGAAGUCUGUGGAAGGGGAACAUGCCAAGGACCACCUCACAGUUCAAAAGUUCAUGAAGCUCCCCGAAGCUGAACGACGAAAGCGCACCGUAGGACCCGGUCUUCUAUCUGAGAAGCAACUGGCUGAAGCCGUCAAUGUUGCACAACAACUUCCUGCCUUGGAGGUCUCCAAGGCCUUCUUCAAAGUGAUGGGUGAGAAGGUUAUUACGCCAAGCAGUCUGGUACAGCUGGUUGUUAAGGCCCGCUUUAUCCCUCCCGGAACUACCAACAUCCCCGCUGUGAACGAGGCCGACCUGGCAGAUAUCGAUCCCGAUGAGGAUGACCUGGACGCCCUGAUGGGCCGCAAGCCAGCCAAGAACGGCACUGCAAAGGGUGAACAAAUCCAACCACCCCUCGCCCACGCACCGUACCUCGCCCGCGACCACUCCCCCCGCUGGCACAUAUUCCUGGCCGAUGGCAAACAGGGAAAGAUGGCUGUACCCCCAUUCACCUUCACGACAUUUGACAAGCCGAUUCUCGACGAGGCCGGCAAGCCCACCUUCAACAUGUUGACCCUCAAAAUGCAGUUCCAGGCUCCUCCGCAAGCAGGUGACUUUGCUUUCGUCAUGAAUAUGAUAUGCGACAGCUACCUGGGUCUUGACACCCAGCUGCCAAUUAUUCUACACAUCGACGAUCCCGCACAGGCAGCAGCCUUGGAAGAGGAGGACGACAUCAGUGAACCAGACGAGGACUCUAUUGCAGGCCAGAUGCAAGCUCUCAAGACUGGUCAAGCCCCGAAGAAGAAGAACAGGAAGACUUCCGAUUCCUCAGAAGAAGAGAGUGACACCGAUGGCGACGCAGGCGAUACCAGCGACACCAACACGGAAACGGAUGUUGAGGAUUGA